AUGGCGGACGAUGGUGCCUCUCCCCGCGAACUGGUCGUUGAGGCCUGCCGACGAGACCAGCCACAUUUGAUCGAGCAAGUUCUCGAAGGCAUGCAGAGUAAAUCAAACGAGGAGGUCGCGGCAUUCUUCAACGGCGUGGUAGAUGCAUUGGGGAACCAUGCUCUUCACAUCUGCGCCAUGUACGGAAGUUAUGACACAAUGGACUCCCUCUUCGACAUCCAAUACUUCGAAUGUGACCCCCUCACCCGCCGCGACCAAGACACCCCGCUCCACACCGCCGUGCGCUAUGCCAACGAGAAGGAAGCCGAAGUGGGCACGGAGAUGAUCAAGAUGAUGUGCGAAGCAGGCUGUGAUCCGCGCGUUAGGAAUAAGGCCGGGCAAAAACCGAUCGAGUUGGUGUACAACAACCAGGAGGCCAGGGCUGCGCUGCAGCAGGCGGAAUACAUUCUCGCAGAGGGUCUUAGGGAUGAUGCGGAGACUGGGUCGGUUCAUGACAGUGCGAGUGACAGCGAGUAA